AUGGAUGUGGAUACUGAUGGAAGGAAAUCAAGAUCCCGGAGUAAAUCAGCUGAGUCUAAAAUGUCCCACGAUGGAUCACCAAACUCAAAGUCAAGAUCUAAUUCUAAUUCAUCAUCCCAUGGGUCUUCGCGCUCUGUUUCGCCUAAAUCGGCCCGCUCUAGAAGUGGUUCAGUGAGAUCUAACAGAUCCCAUAGCGGCUCGCCAAAAUCUCCCAGAUCAAGAAGUGGUUCUCCAAAGUCCCACGGAUCAGGGUCUCGCUCGCGCCGCGAAAGCGUAGCCAAGUCUAAAAGCGGGUCUCCCGCAUCCAAAAAUCGCUCCAGGAGUACAUCGCCAGCAUCGAAAAAGAGCCCGAAAUCAAGAAACGGAUCAAUGCGGUCCCGGAGUGUGUCUCCGGCUAAAUCCCGCUCUAACAGUAGGUCGCGGAAGUCAAAGAGUAGGUCCCGAAGUGGCUCUCGGAAGUCGCGAUCACGAAGCAAGUCGGCGGACCUCAUGAGGGUGGACGGAGAUGCAGCGCCAACUUCACCUGUUUCGCCCAGUACACGCCGAUCCCGGUCUCGCUCACGUUCUGCAUCAAAGUUAAAAUCGGAAUCUGCUGCUGGUGAUAGAACGCGGAGGUCGAGAUCCGGCUCUUGCAAGCGUAAAUCUCGCUCGAGAUCCAGAUCCCAUAAGUCUAUUUCUCGCUCCCGAUCAGGUUCCAAUAAAUCUAAGUCUCGCUCCAGAUCUGGAUCUAGAAAGUCUCGUUCCAGAUCUGGAUCUAGAAAGUCUCGUUCCAGAUCUGGGUCCAGAAAGUCUCGUUCCAGAUCUGGGUCCAGAAAGUCUCGUUCGAGAUCCGGCUCGCGGAGAUCUAAGUCGCGAUCUGGGUCACGAUCGAUAUCGCGCAAGUCUAAAUCACGAUCUAGAUCCGGGUCGCGCAGAUCCAGAGCCAGAUCGAAAUCCGGUUCCCGUUCCAAGUCUAGAUCCAGGUCUCGUUCGAAAUCGCGAUCGAGGUCCGGCUCAAAGUCGGUAUCGCGCUCUCGUUCAGGAUCUCGCUCCAAAUCCCGAUCCAAGUCACGUUCGAGAUCUCGCUCCAAGUCUCGGUCGCGAUCCGGUUCAGCUAAAUCAGUAUCCAGGUCUCGUUCCCGCUCGAGGUCUGGAUCUCGCUCUGGCUCCGAGUCCCCUUCGAGAAGAGAGGGCAAGCGGCGCACCGUGCGGCUGCAGUCGGACGACGAGGGCGAAGGCGGCGAGGGGAGCGCCGGGGCCGAGGCGCCUCCGGCCGAGGGAGGCGAGGGGCCCGCGGUUCCCGCCGUCGUGGCGCCCGACGACUCCUCCGACGACGACGUACCCGCCGGCGGCACGAGUCUGGAGGCCACCGGGGGCAUGUCGGACUUCGAGAUGAUGCUGGCGCGCAAGCGCGAGGAGCGACGCGGACGCCGGCGCCGGCGCGACAUCGACAUCAUCAACGACAACGACGACCUCAUCGCGGCGCUGCUGCAGCGCAUGCGCGCCGCCGCCGACGAGGACCGCGAGCUCAACAAGCGCAACCUGCCCGCCGUGCGAAAGGUGUCCAUGCUGAAGGAGGCGCUCUCGCAGCUCAUCAAGCGGGACCUGCAACUCGCGUUCCUCGAGCACAACGUGCUCAACGUGCUCUGCUCGUGGCUCGCGCCUAUGCCGAAUCGCGCGCUGCCGUGCCUGCUCAUCCGCGACUCGCUGCUCAAGCUGCUGGCGGACUUCCCGCCGAUCGACAAGUCGCUGCUGAAGCAGUCGGGCGUCGGCAAGGCGGUGAUGUACCUGUACAAGCACCCGAAGGAGACCAAGGCGAACAAGGAGCGCGCCGGGAGGCUCAUCUCGGAGUGGGCGCGGCCGAUCUUCAACCUCUCGACCGACUUCAAGGCGAUGACUCGCGAGGAGCGGCAGGCGCGUGACGAGGCCAUGGCGGGGUCCCGGCGCCGCGACGAGGCGGGGCCGCCCGACAAGCGCGCUCGGACGCUGGACGAGGCGGAGCGCUCCGUGCGGCCGGGGGAGGCGGGCUGGGUGGCGCGCGCGCGGGUGCCGCUGCCCUCCAACAAAGACUACGUGGUGCGCCCCAAGUCCACCUGCGAGGCCGACAUGUCUCGCCUCUCCAAGAAGAAGAUGACGCGCUACGAGAAGCAGAUGAAGAAGUUCAUGGACCAGAAGCGUCUGCGAGGCGGCUCCAAGCGCGCCGUCGAGAUCUCCAUCGAGGGCCGCAAGAUGGCGCUCUGA